AUGAAUAGACUUCAUCAUCAACAUCGAACAACAUCGUCACCAGACUUAAUUUCUACUCGGAAAAAAAUACAAUUUCACGUUUUUCCCAGAAUCAAAGCAUUUCUAUCCACUCGUUAUGGUUUAAUCACUUCUGUUGGAUUAUUUGUCGUUUUCUUUAAUGAAAUAUUUAUUUACCAAUAUGCUCGAUUUUGUUGGCCAAAUAUUAAACAUUUAAAAACAUCUAAUGUUGAAAAACUUUUGUUAGUUGCUGAUCCUCAAUUGAUUGGAGAGAAAGAUGAAGGUUUAUUUGGAAUGAUUACACGUCGAGAUGCUGAUAGAUAUUUAUCAAAUACAUUUGCGCAAGCAAAGUCAUAUUUAAAUCCGGAUUGGACACUAUUUUUAGGUGAUAUAUUUGAUGAAGGUCUAUCGGCAACAGAUGACGAAUAUAAACGCUAUUAUACCAGAUUUCAAAAUAUAUUUCAGUACAAUGAUAAACAACAGAAAUCAAUUGUCAUACCAGGCGACAAUGAUGUUGGAGGAGAAUAUUUUGGCGAUAAGAAACCGUAUUUAAAACAACGUUUUAAAAAUUAUUUUGGUCGAAUUAUUGCACUUUAUGAACAAAAUGAUGUUGAAUUUUUGAAAUUAGAUGUCGACAUGUAUGAGUCAUAUGUCGAUAACAAACGAAGUAUGAUUGGCGAACAAACGCAACAUCGUUCAAUGAAAUCUAAAUUUCGUAUUAUUUUGAAUCACUGGCCACUUAUUAGUCGUAGCGUUCGCUUUGUCAAACCAUUCGUCGAGGAAUUAAAUCCAAAUCUUAUACUGAGAGGUGAUAGCCAUCAAUUUACUCUUUCUACACAUGAUCGAUCGACCAGUCUCACUCGACUUAUUGCUCGUGAUACAGUACCUAAUGAAAUUUUGCCAUUGAACGUGAACGACAGAAGAUUUAUCUACGAAAUAUCAAUUCCAACAUGUUCUUAUCGUAUGGGGGUGCUAAAAAUUGGUUAUGGCGUUUUAUUACUCGAUGCUUCAACACAUACAGCACAUUUAACGAUUUUGUGGACACCUCGACGAUAUUUGGCAUUGUACAUUUAUGCAGCCUAUGGAAUAUUUAUUUUGAGUGUUCUUUUACUAGCACCAAUAAUAACACGUCGAACAAUGAUGCGCUGCUAUUUGUUUGAUUCUUUAGAGAAAGAAAAACAUACAAUGAAACAAACAUUUGUCAAUGAUAUAAGUCGUCAGUUAACCACAGCUAUAUUUUCAAGUGGUUUAGCAACAAAAGUCAUUUGUGUCCUAUGUAUAUUGGGUUAUCUACUAUCAUUUAGUCCACAAUGUGUUCGUGCCUUAGCCGUUAUUCCAGGGAAAAUAAUGCCGCCCAAUUUUUGGAUAUGGACAAUAUUAACUCAUUCGUUUAUUGAGAUACAUUUAUGGCAUACAUGUCUUGAUGUUAUUGUGGUAUUUUUAUACAGUAAAAUGAUUGAACCAUUAUGGGGAACAAAAGAGUUACUCUCAUUCUAUUUUCUUGUGACAAUCCCAAAUGCCAUUUUUGCCACGUGUAUUUAUUUUAUAAUUUACAUGGUUACAUUUAACGAAGAAUAUUUAUUUGAACGACCAAUUUAUGGUCUUGCAUCAUUCGUUGGAGCAUAUUGUGUUGUUAUUAAACAAAUAAUGCCGGACACUGUUCUAAUUUCAACACCAUUUAUGAAACUCAAACAAGAUCAUAUUCCAUUAUUAAUUAUUCUCAUAUCAACAAUAUUAUAUGUCAUUAAUGCGGUUCCCAUUCAUUUUUUAAUUAUGCUCUCCUUUGGAAUAUUCAUUAGUUGGACUUAUUUAAGGUUUUUUCAAUUUCAUAAAAAUGGCACAAGAGGUGAUCAAUCAAAUACAUUUUCAUUUGCAAGCUUUUUUCCGCCACCGAUUCAGCCCUUUAUUAGCGUUCUAGCCAAUACGAUCUUUGAAAUAUUUGUACGUGUUAAAAUAUGUAAACCAUUUGUAAAAAAGUAUAAUGUUGCUCCACCAUCAUCGAUUACCAUUACAAUUCCUGGAGCUGAAGCAGCCGAUGCUGAUCGUAGAAGACAAAAAGCUCUUAAAGCAUUAGACGAUAGAUUGAAACAAUCAUCAGAAGCAUGGCCGGAUAUUGACGAGAAUGCGUCAACAAAUAUCGCAGCACAAACCCAUCAGAUACAUCCAACUACAAGUUCAUCAAAUUCACAAAAUAUUACCAAUACAAUAACGACAAAUAGCAUUGUGAGCAAUGUUAACAAUGCUCCCAUCACUGACUUAAACAAUUCAACUAAUAAUAAUAAUCCAGAAUACCAUGAACAAACGACGACUACCCAAUAG